CUUGACUUUUUUUUUUUUUUUCAUUUUGGUGGAGUUGCGUAAUUGAUUCUAUUCCACACUGGCCUUAAAUAGGAUAUAUUUCAAAGUGAAGUAGGAAGGAGUUUUGAAAGGCCGAUGGCUCAGAGGUACGACGAUUUGCCCCAUUACGGUGGGAUGGAUGGAGUAGGGAUCCCCAGUACCAUGUAUGGGGACCCCCAUGCAGCAAGGUCCAUGCAGCAAGUUCAUCAUCUGAAUCACGGUCCUCCUCUACACUCCCAUCAAUACCCGCACACAGCCCAUACCAACGCAAUGCCGCCUAGCAUGGGUUCUUCGGUCAAUGACGCCCUAAAGAGAGAUAAAGAUGCCAUUUAUGGACACCCCCUCUUCCCUCUUUUAGCACUGAUUUUUGAAAAAUGUGAAUUAGCCACUUGUACUCCCAGAGAGCCGGGUGUUGCAGGCGGUGAUGUGUGCUCAUCUGAGUCUUUCAAUGAAGAUAUAGCUGUAUUUGCCAAACAGAUUCGUGCAGAAAAACCAUUGUUUUCUUCAAAUCCGGAAUUGGAUAAUUUGAUGAUUCAAGCCAUACAAGUAUUAAGGUUUCAUCUGCUGGAACUGGAAAAGGUACACGAACUGUGUGAUAAUUUCUGCCAUCGGUAUAUUAGCUGUUUGAAAGGGAAAAUGCCAAUCGACUUGGUGAUAGAGGACAGGGAAGGUGGGUCCAAAUCAGACAGCGAAGACAUGAACAGAUCAGCAAAUCUAACAGAUCAGCCUUCUUGGAGCAGAGAUCACGACGACACAGCAUCGACACGUUCUGGGGGUACACCUGGACCAUCCAGUGGGGGACAUACGUCACAUAGUGGGGACAACAGCAGCGAACAAGGUGAUGGUUUGGAUAACAGUGUAGCCUCACCCAGCACGGGGGACGACGAUGAUCCAGACAAAGACAAAAAGCGUCAUAAAAAACGUGGUAUCUUUCCAAAAGUAGCCACGAACAUCAUGAGGGCAUGGCUAUUCCAACAUCUAACACACCCUUACCCUUCAGAAGAACAGAAAAAGCAGUUGGCACAAGACACAGGUCUUACUAUACUUCAAGUGAACAAUUGGUUUAUAAACGCCAGAAGAAGAAUAGUCCAGCCUAUGAUAGACCAGUCCAAUCGAGCAGGCAAGUCCCCAAUAGUAACUGUAUUCAAGUCUCGCAGGCGAAAACCAUCCUCAAGCCAUUCACCGGGAGGUCCGUUACCUGUAAGUCAAGGAACUCCGUACAAUCCAGAUGGACAGCCGAUGGGUGGUUUUGUAAUGGAUGGCCAACAACAUAUGGGCAUCAGAGCACCAGUUCUGCACGGUAUGCCAGGGAAUUACAUAUCUCCAAGUGGUCCAAUGGGUAUGAGUAUGGGACAGCCAAGUUAUUCUCCAUCCCAGAUGCCCCUACAUCAUACUCCGAUGCGCCAUGGGCCUUCUGUGCAUACCUACAUUCCUGGACACCAUCAGCACCCAGCAAUGAUGAUGCAUGGGGGACCGGCUCACCCUGGAAUGCCAAUGUCAGCAUCCAGCCCCUCAGUACUUAAUACGGGAGAUCCAACAAUGAGUGGACAUGCCAUGGACAUUCAUGCUCAGUAACCUAAGGGAAUAUGUGUUGUUUACAAUGACACAUUUCAAGCACUGUCUUCUGCUCAUAAGGCGGAGUUCCAUUCUUGGCAUCUGCAAAGGACCAAGAGAGAUCCUACUUUCAUCAUAUGGACCCCAGCCAGAUACCCCUAAAACAGCAGAAAACAGCCACUGAAAUCAAGUUUGGGGGACACAAUAAAUACGUAUAUAAGACGUUAAGAGAACAAAGAGUGAAAUAUUGUAAAUGAUAUUAUACUGUUAACCAUAUUAUGUUGUUUCUUAUAGAUUUUUUUAAAAAAAUGUGAAAUUUUUCCACACUAUGUGUGUUGUUUCCAUAGCUCUUCACUUCCUCCAGAAGCCUCCUUACUUAAAAAAAGAAAACAAAGAAAAGAAAAAAAAGCCUUACAGUUAUCUUGCAAAUGACAAAAAAUUACAUAUUUGCAGAUUAUUUUAGAGCAUUACAAUGGCAGGCAGAAGAUUUUUUUCUUCGAUUCAAGGAUUUCAGCCAUGCACUCUUUCUCUGCACCUUUGUCUCUCAAUAUUUUUUUUUCUGUCUCCCUCUGGUUCUCUGUCUGUCUCCUUGUCUUUCUCUCUCUCUCUCUCUCUCUCUCUCUCUCUCUCCCUCUCGCCUGAGGCUUGAAUUUGCAUGUCUAAUUCAUUUACUCACCAUAUUUGAAUUGGCCUGAACAGAUGUAAAUCGGAAAGGAUGGGAAAAACUCCAGUCAUCAACAAUGAUUAAUCAGCUGUUGCAGGCAGUGUCUUAAGGAAACUGGUAGGAAAAGGCAUGGAAACCAAAUUGCAAGUGUAUUUGGAGCCUAAUUGUCACAUCAAAGCAUCAGUAUCCCCAUGCAACAACAACCAAUAUGUACAUCACCUUCCUGUUUUAUGCAGCUCAAGAAGAACUGAAGAAGAUUUAUUUUUUAAUAUGUUGACUUUAAUCUUCAGCAAGACAUCGGUCGUGCGUACAUUUUUUCCAUAGUCAAACCAUGGAACAAUUAUGUAUACAUUGUAAAUAAAUUUUGUGCAAAAGGACUGGAAAAGAUAACUGUAUUGUUGCAAUUUUUUUUGUAUAAGUAGCAGUUUGAGUAUGAGUUGGCAUGCGUACAGAUUUUACUAAUUGGGAUAAGCUAAUUACACUUUUUUUAUGUUGUGCUGAAACAAA